GUCUGGACUGCUGAGGAGAGGAGACGUGCUCAUGAAGCUCAUUCAGGUUGCUGUACAUUGUAUAUGUUGUGCACAGGUCACAAGAUAAAAAAAAGACACCCAGCAAAGUCCUCAAGAAUAACAUUCCAGACACUUAAUCCCACAGAGUUUCACAGAGACUCUGGAGACUUGCACCCGGCAGGGUUUCAAGGUUAUUGCACUGGCACAUCACCAACUGGAGUCCAAACUCUACUGGCAUGAAGUCCAGAGCCUCAGUCGACUGCUGAGAUCAGGUUUGCUGAGGAGGGGGUAAAGGACGAGGAGGGGCCAGGCUAUCACUUCGCUGUGAGUGGCCCGGCUUUGGCUGUCAUCGCUGAACACUUUCCAGAACUUGUUCAGAAGUUCCUCCUCAGAGCCACUGUGUUUGCUCAUAUGGCUCCAGACCAGAAGACUCAGCUGGAGCAAGUCCUGCAGAACAUUGAGUCCGAUUAUUUAUUUAUUUUGAUUACCUAUGUCUAUAUUUAUAUGAUUUUGCAUCAUAAUAUAAUAGCAUUUUUUUUAACCUUGCAGUUACAUUGUUGGGAUGUGUGGGGAUGGUGCCAAUGACUGUGGGGUGAGUAUGUAUGUGCAAACCACACAUUUGUACUGAUGUUCAUAUUUAAUGUAAAAAAAAAAAAAGUGUAUUAGAAAGUGAUAUUACAGUGAAACCUCCAAAGUCGAACACAUAAAGUUCAAUUUGGCGUUCACCUAAAAUGUUCUGAAUAAAUAUGCCCCAAAAGUCAAACAAAACUCACCAGUCAUCUGGGUGAUAUCGUAAUACUUUAACUCAGUAGCAUCAAGCACAUUUCUAUGUGGUACAAACCUCCGUUUAGGAAGAAAAAGUGCAAAGUAUGAAAGUGCACUAAUACAAUCAGUGAAAUUAUAAACUGGUAAAAUAUGAAAGGAUGUCAAUUCUCAAUUGGUUUGUUUUGGUGUUCAGUGAGCCUGAAUCCUGCGUGGAAGAUGCUAGUUCCACACCCUCCCCCAACCAGUCUGAUCUCCGGCUCAGAGCUCUUCUCAGUGUUGUUUCAGAUCCUCAACUGCCUACUCUUCCAGCUCCUACAAGUACUUCUUAGUACAGCAACAAAGUUGCUCCAGCUGAGUCUUCCUAGCAAUAUGGUCGGUCUAAGUUGAGAGCCAGCCAAUCUCCAACGCUGUCUCAGUUUAUUGGAGAUACCCGAACACUGCUACAAAAAGUCAACAAAGGAACAUAACCCUAGAGCCUGCGAGAGCGCGGGUGCAAGAUGGCUCGACGAUUGACGACACGGUUACAGACCCACAAGCGAAUACGACUACGAACAAGGACAUGACACAUGAGUCAACCACAACAGCAACAGGACAUUCACUUCAGGUGUGCACUCGUGGCUGGGAGAAGAUGACAUCAUUCAUGGGGUUGAGGACCCACCAAGGAAAGCGAGGGCGCUUGAGAGAGCAGAGACAAGGGCCUCGCAUUGAACAGUACUUCCUACGAAGCCACCGGUCAAAUCAGUCGAAGCACAGCGAUGGGACGAAAACCAAAGUUCACAGAGCUUCAGCACCCCUGUCACUGAUGAGGAUAAUACAAGCACAAGAAUGCCGGUGGAGGAACCCACCCAGCCACAGAAACCUCCCAAGGAGGAUAAGAUCAGCGUGAAGUGGUCUAAAAGCUGUUGAAAAGAGCGAGUGGGUAACAGUCAACAAUGAUCUGAUAAAAAUCCUGGAACAACAAGGGGGCACAGCAGAGAAAAAGCUGGACAAGGUGGGAGACAUAAUCUACCAGUAUGGAGAAGAACGCGUCUACACCUGGGCACCGCGUCUACAUUCCGGUACAGUAGGUGGCGGUAUGCACCUAAACGUUGUUUGCGACCCGCCAUAAACAAAAAGUAGAAGAACACGUCUACAUCCAGUUGCCUAUUUUUUGGCAGUUAGAUGAAUAGAUAGUAACUUUAGUCAUCUCCAAGAGAACAACACUGCAUUUAUGUUUUGUUUUGUAUGGUUUAUUGUAUCUGUGUUUCUAUUUAUUGGUAUAGUAUACCUGUGGCGCUACGUACAUUGCGUGAAGUUUUACAUAGGGUCACCCGGGGAAUUGAUGGAUUUUACACACUAUUUAUGGGCUGCUGGAGUUAUCACUCUGGACUUCAUGAGAACCACGGUACAGUGGGACCAGGGAUACCAUGGCCCACCUUUGAGUCAUCAUAAUGCAUAGAACCCUCGGCGGAUGCCAGUAUGUGUCGACAACAUGAUCGCUGCACAAAUUCCAAUAUGUCCCCUCUUUUAUAUGUUACUUUCCCUUUUUCUUUUCAUUCAGCAUAACAGGCCUUGCAAUUUUAACGCUACAUUUAUGGUGUUAAUUGAAUAAUCCAAAUCCCACAGUGUUUUAUAUUUGACUUUAGUAUAAAUUGUGCUUGUUGUUGGUCACUGUAAACUGCAGCGUGUGCAUCCAUACCUCCACUGAACUAGAGCGACAGGGUUAGCAAAUGCAGAGAAAGGUGGCUUCUCUGCCUUUAUUGGUUGUUUCCUGAACUUUUUUUGCCGUUGUGAUGGACUAUCUUGGUAAUAGCGUUUGAAGGAUUCCCUGAUCCUUGUGGGUGUCGAAGUCGGAGGAGAAAUACUACAUGAGACUUUCUGAGCAAGCCAUAGAUAUAUUUAUUCCUGACAAACAAACCUAAUACAAUCGGAGCUCCGGGCCUAGCGUCUUUCCCUAUAGGCCUACACAGAGGUUGGUCUUAAUACAGGGUCAGACAGGAAGAGCACAGCUAACUAUCCCUGCCCGGCCUUUAUACAUUUGUAGAUGCAAAUGGAUGUUGAUCCUCAGCCAAUGGGAGAAGACAGCGCCCGUCACUGUAGAUGUUGGAGAGCCAAUCAGAUGCCGCUGAAGGUGUGGUGUUGUAGUCCCAGAGGACCAAUUAGAUGUCUCUGGAGGUGUGGUGUUGUAGUCCCUGAGGACCAAUCAGCAAAGUGGGGUGGCACCCGCCGAUGUGAGAAGUGGGCCUUUGUUCGUUGUGAAGGUCAACCAGCUGCUGUAAGCAGGAUGUUGCUGUAGUUUGAGUACUCUCCUUGAGCUGCUUAUCAGUUGUGAGGUAUGUGUAGAUGAGGUAAUGAGCGCAGGCCAUGAGAACACUAUGUGUUUUGUGUGACUACCUGUAUAAAAUGGAUGUGAGCGGCUUAGCAGAUUAAUAUGCAUAUAAUAAGAACACAAAUGAGAUAUAAAACCCUUCACGUUUAAUAGCGUUAAUACAUAUUUAAACCAUUUGUAGUAGUUCUGAAGUACACGAGAUUAGAACAUGACCACAUAGUAGUUGCACCGAUAUAUAAGCUGCAGGGUUCAAAGUUUGACAAAAAGGUAGCGGCACCGGAAAUUACGGUAAUAAUGGAGCCCCUAUUCUCUUAUUGCACUUUUACAAAGUUAAUUUUGAAUCAUUCCGGCACACAGGCCACAUACUGUACUUUAUAUACAGGUUUUUUCAUGGAUAGACAUUGCCAAGGGUUAAACUCCAUGACAGUCAAAACAGGGCAUUAUAAUAUUUCUAAAACCACAUGCUAGAUAACUUUACAUUAUGCGGGUGUACCUAAUGAUGUGGUCAGUGCAUGUUCUCGCAAUACUUGAAGGCUACAAAAUUCUGAUGAUUGUGGCAACUUUACUGCCAAAGUGUGCUCUUCAAUUCACUGACAAACUUUGUGCUCUUCAAUCAUUCCCAACAUAAUUUCAGAUGGUGAAAGAGCAGCAGGGCUCAGCCUUCCUUUCCCGGAUCUUUUGUUGCAAAAACCGUACCCUGAAGACUAAAUACAAGCGUUUGGCUCUGCAGCUGCAGGAGGAGACUGACUGGCCUCCUGCACCCUCCACUAUCACAUAUGCCAGCACUCCUCAAUUCAUAUCUGCUGCACUUUGACACCAAUAAUAAAUGGCAGGUUGGAAAGCUGCAACUUAGAUUUCAUUUACUUCAACAUAAUGAUGAAUUUCUGUUAUAUAUUUAUAUGGCCCGCUCGUGUUGAAGGCUUUUGCUGGAGCGCUGAGGAGAUGGAGUAAGCUUGUUCACUUAUCCAAAAGAUAACAUUCACCUCAUCAGAUGCGUUGGAAAAGUUGGAUGGACAAAUGUUUCAAUACAGGCCCACAGAUUCAAAAACCCACAAGAUGUUCAACCGUGGAAAAGUGUGCCAAGGUGGCAGUAGUUUCUUCUACUAAUAUUCUCGAUAGUAGCCAGCCUAGUGCUGGGCUAAUGCAGUGUUGAUUUGCUACUGGCUUGAUUAGCCGCGCAUCUAGAGCGUUCUAAUGUGCUAUCGGUUGUAGCGUGCAACAAAAAAGCUAAAGGGUCGUAUUUGACUGCAGGAUCGCUAUGAAUCUUAGAUUAAGAAUAGGUUUUCAUGCUAAAUUGCCUGCUAAACAAUCACUGUCACUCGUCUUCAGCUCUGUGCAGUGUGUAUAGAGCUAGCUGAUAGCUGUCAGUGGAUAUCACUGCCAGUGAAACCCAACAUACUCCUCACAGCACAAUAUUAGUGAAUGUUGUUAUUGUUGUGAAUAUGCCACUUUCUUUGCGUGCAUUCAUGGCUUUGCCUCUUUGCACCUGGUUGCCGGUGUCACCCGUGAGUGUUCUCGACGUAAAUUGCUAUCAAAACAUAGAUUGCUGUCACUCGUCUUUUUAGGCAGUUUCGAGUCAGUUUCAAGAAGUAAAUCCACAUUUUUUGUUACUAUUCUAGGCAUGGUAGAAUAACAGUAUGGGUUUCAUGCCAGGGCUAAAUAAGUUGUAUUUUGUAGUGUGCAUAUAAUUCAGUGUCACUUAUUGACAGUCAAAAAAACACGUCACGUCUUGGCAUUGUGUGUUGUAGUCCGACCCCUGGAUGCGAGAGAUGAGACCCCAAAGUGCAGGUAAAAGUCUUUUAAUGAUUAAAGCUGCUAUGCAGCGGCAGGAAUCCACACAAGAGCAGAACAUGACAAUGCUCCAACAAACAAGGGAACGCGAGGCAGAACUAAAUACAAGCGUAACUCAAAUUGGCAGCAGGUGAUUGAAAUGAGAAAAGCAAAGCAGAAAAACACAGACGAUGGCAAAACGCAAAGUACUCCAAAAUAAGGGCAUCAAACAGAAACUAAGGCAUGAAAAGGUAGCACAAAUGAGCUGUCACGCAGGCAACGACCAAGAUUGUGAUAGUAACCCCCCUCCCUCAAGGAUGGUUCCUAGAUGUCCUAAAAAGUCCAAAGUCAAAGAGGGAUCGGUGGUGAGCGGACCGGUGCGCGGUCACGGGCGGGACCCCUUCGGGGGCCAACUGGGACGGUGAGCCUCGUGGAACUGGCAAGACCACUCUGGGAGUCGGCAGGGAAUGCAUGCAUAGAGGAGCUGGGGGUCGCCCAGUGGGGGACCACCAGGACAGCAUGAGAGGCGGCGCCAGCGGGAAGAGGAUCCCGUUGGAAGCUUGGCCGUCAAAGGACUGGAGGUGGGUCAGGUCGUGUGCCACAGAUGCAGGAGAGCAGCUUGGGUGGCCAUAAAGUGGGUGCAAGACAUGAAGGAGGCUGGCAUGGCCAGGUCCACGGAGCCUGUACAGGAGCUGGAGGCCGCUUGUCCUCGGCCUGACGAGCAGAAGGAGGUGACAUCUUGCCCACACGCGGAGGGGAAGGAGGUGAUGUCUCGGCCAGACGUGGACACACAUGCCCGUGGUUUCAACAUAUCGAAGCCGAGUUCCGACUGCGAGGAAUAACGUAGGACGUGGGCAAGUGUUUUCACGUAUUGGUGCCGCUGGAUGCCUCGAUGACUGCAAGUACGAGAGCCCAUAGGCCUUUAUAGAGCAAUUUUAUACUACCGGUUUUCAUCACAGGAAAAAAACAAUAUCGAUAUCAACCGAUAUGACAUUUUCAUGCCGAUAUCGAGCCGAUAGUAUUGGUGGGCCGAUAUUAUUGGACAUCCCUAAAGCACUUUAAUGCAUUUCAUGACGGCCACCAAAAUGGUAGAUUUUUGAUCCCCCAGCUAUGUACCCGUACUCUCAUGCAAUCAUUUUUAAUAAAUUACCAGCGUUUUCAGGGACCAACGCCCAAAAGGAUAAACAUUAGCAAAACGUAAGGGGAGAAUAUAGGAAACACUUUUAAACUGCUUGUAUAUGUACAUAUAUUUGAGGCUCUGGAGUGUCUGCAUUUAUCAAGGUGCUUACGGCGCCACCUGCUGGCGAGUGAAUAGUCUCCGUCCCUUGUGCUGUUUCAUUAUUUGUUUGACUUACCUUAAACAUGUCCUGCCCUGUGACAGGGGGGAUGGGAUGAGUUAUCAGCGCCAUAACAGGUCCUAUUGACGUCAACAGCUCCACGCUCCAACUCCAAGGUCCUCCGGGCUGCAUGCAGUUCUCCUGAGGAUCAUUUUGGUGAAUGUGUUCUAGUUGGUGGUUUUUUUGUCAGCAUGAAGACCCAACAAGUGAAGCUCAUCAAUCGGGGCCAGGAGGAUGAGAUGGAGGUGUGGGGUUAUCGACCCUGUCUGUGGAAAAUCAUCCUGGUGGGUCUUGGUGCUGUUUGCUCUGGCGGUCUUCUGCUGCUGGUGCUCUACUGGCUGCCUGAGUGGGGGGUCAAAGCCACCUGCACACACACACCACUGAGGGGGGCGAGCCGACUGCUGCUCAGGACCACGGAUGAUUUCAGACUGUGGUUUUAUGCCAAAGUACAUGAGAUUUUGGCUCCAGGGAAGACCCCCUUUGAUAACGUGGAAUCCACAGCUCACUUUCAGGAUGGAGACAGACACCAAAGCCUGAGGGCUGACAAUGAAGAGCAAAACAGGAAACUCCUCUGUCGAGAUUCUGUUAAGGUCCACUACUUCACCCACCACAGCGUCAAAUACUACUGGAAUGAAGGGACACAGAACUUCGAACCAUACAAGGGCUUGGAGGACACAAAGGUGAGAUGUGCAGACAUUCACACCACCUACAGCUCUGGACUCACUAAAACACUGCAGGAUUACAGAGCUUUGUUUUUUGGCAAGAAUGAGAUUGACGUAAGAGUACCGUCUUUAUUCAAGCUAUUUGUAAAAGAGGUCUUGAAUCUGUUUUACGCCUUCCAGAUCUUUGCUACUGUUCUGUGGGCCUCUCAAGGCUUCUACGAUUAUGCAGUGGGCAUGACAUUAUUGUUUCUAUUCUCAAUAACCUUCUCUCUGUACAUCAUUAGAAAGCAACAUGUGAGAUUGCAUAACAUGGUGGUAGAACACAGCAUGGUGAAAGUGUCACUGUGUCGAGGAAAAAAAGAGACUGAACGGGUCAUGUCAACAGAGCUGGUGCCAGGUGAUGUCGUCACUAUUCCAGAAAAGGGGAUGAUUAUGACCUGUGACGGCGUGCUUAUCUGUGGCGCUUGCACUGUGAAUGAGAGCAUGUUGACAGGGGAGAGUGUUCCAGUUACUAAGACCAGCCUGCCAAGUUCAGGCAAGGAGGCAGACAGGAUCUUUGAUACAGAGGAACACAAGCGACACACCCUCUUCUGUGGCUCACACGUUAUCCAGACUCGUAACUAUGCUGAUGAGCCGGUGAAGGUGGUUGUGGUCAGAACAGGCUUCAGUACAGUGAAGGGCCAGCUUGUGCGCUCCAUCCUCUACCCUAAACCCACUGACUUCAAAAUCCACCGUGAGGCUACGCGGUUCCUGAUGUGUAUGGUGGGCUUGGCAGUGAUUGGCUUCAUCUACACUGUCAUUAUUGAUGUCAUAAAUCAGGUUCCUUUUCAGGGAAUCAUGUUUGAUGCACUGAACCUUGUCGUCGUCGCUGUGCCCCCAAUAUUACCCGUGGCCUUAAAUGCUGGUCUUAUGACUGCACAGCGGCGCCUGAAGCGGGUCGGCAUUUUUUGUAUUAGUCCACAGAGACUCAACAUCUGUGGUCAGCUAAAUCUGGUCUGCUUUGACAAGACUGGAACUCUUACUGAGGACGGUUUGGACCUGUGGGGUAUUCAGAGAGCUGCAGAUGGCACUUUUUCACCUCCAGAGACGGAGGUCGCUACAGAGAGUCUCAUGAAGACUUCUUUUGUCGCCUGCAUGGCUACCUGCCACUCACUGACCACAAUAGACGACAAACUCUGUGGAGACCCUUUAGACGUCAAGGUGUUCAGCGCCACAGGCUCGGUCCUCGAAGAGCCAACAGAAGAACAGACUGUUCUUUACAUUGACAAAGUUGCCCUUAUUGUGCGAUUUCCCAAUCAGUGGGGUGAGUUUGGCGUUGUGCGCUACAUCUCCUUCUCCUCGACGCUGAAGAGGAUGAGCGUGGUGGUCAAGCAGUUGGGACAAAAACACUUUGACGUCUACCUGAAAGGAGCACCGGAGACCGUGGCUAACCUCUGCAAACCACACACAGUGCCGCAGACUUUCACAGAGACGCUAGAGACUUACACCCGGCAGGGUUUCAGGGUUAUUGCCCUGGCGCAUCGCCGGCUGGAGUCCAAGCUCUCCUGGCAGGAAGUCCACAACCUCAGCCGGGAGCAGACAGAGACCAACAUGGACUUCCUUGGCUUGAUCAUCAUGCAGAACAAAAUCAAAGAACAGACUGCUGGCGCGUUGCUUGACUUACGACAAGCCAACAUUCGUACUUUGAUGGCUACAGGUGACAACAUGUUGACAGCAAUAUCAGUGGCUCGGGACUGUGGGAUGGUUCAAGCCCAUGAGAAGGUUAUUAUUGCUGAUGCCGUGCCUCCAAAUGAUGAAAACCCUGCUAGUAUCACAUGGCGCUACUCUGACAACCUGGAUGUCAACAAAAAUCAGACUGCUGGGAUCAGUUUUUCUGAGGAGGGGGUGAAAGAAGAGGAGAACCUGGGCUAUCACUUCGCUGUUGGCGGCCCAGCCUUCGCUGUCAUCACUGAACACUUUCCAGAACUUGUCCCCAAGUUCCUCCUGAGAGCCACUGUGUUUGCUCGUAUGACUCCAGACCAGAAGACCCAGCUGGUGCAAGUCCUGCAGAACAUUGAUUACAUUGUUGGGAUGUGUGGGGAUGGUGCUAAUGACUGUGGGGCCCUAAAGAAAGCUCACAGUGGGAUCUCUCUGUCUGAGCUGGAGGCCUCUGUGGCUUCUCCCUUCACCUCCUCCAUCCCAAACAUCUCCUGCGUUCCCAAACUCCUCAGGGAGGGCCGCGCUGCUCUGGUAACAUCUUUCUGUGUGUUCAAAUUCAUGGCCCUCUACAGCAGCAUCCUUUACUGCAGCGUGUCUCUGCUCUACUGGGUACUCACCAAUUUUGGAAUCUUCCAGUAUAUGUUUAUUGACGUGGGCGUCAGUUUGUUUGUUGUCUUCACGAUGAGUCUGAACCCCGCGUGGAAGAAGCUGGCUCCGCGCUCGCCCCCAACCAGCCUGAUCUUCGGCACAGUGCUCUUCUCGGUGUUGUCUCAGAUCCUCAACUGCCUGCUCUUCCAGUUUUUGGCCUUCUUCUUAGUAAAACAACAGAGUUGGUACAAGUCACCUCAGUCAUUUCCCUUCAGUAGUACAAGUAAUGUGUCCAGUUUCAAUGAAACUCAAGCUAAGCAAGACUUCCCACGGAGCAUGAAUUAUGACGUCCAGAGCUUCGAAAACACCUCCAUCUUCUACGUGUCUGCUUUUCAGUACAUAGCCGUCGCCAUUGUCUUCUGCAAAGGGAAACCCUUCCGACAACCUUUCUAUAAAAACUGGCUGUUUAUGUUGGGCAUCUGUUGUCAGUACACCUUUCUGUUGCUCAUCUUGCUGUAUCCCAUUCCUGCUGUAGACAAAGUGAUGCAGAUCGCGGAUAUUCCCUACAGCUGGCGCGUUACACUCUUCGUCAUUGUUUUAGCACAUGCUGCUGUGGCUUUCACACUGGAGAUGGUGAACGAGCACCGGGGCUCGGCAUUCCUUUCCUGGAUCUUCUGUUGUAAAAAACGUCCCCCGCAGACUAAAUACAAGCGUCUGGCUCUGCAGCUGCAGGAGGACACCGACUGGCCUCCUGCACCCUCCACUAUCACCUACGCCAGCACUCCUCACUUCAUCUCGGUGACCCUUUGACACCAAUAAAUCAAUGAGAAGUUGGAAAGAUGCGUCUUGAUUUCACUUCAUGAAGCAUAACGACAGUGCGGAACACCCCUUCGCCAAAGAUAUUGUCAAUCAAUGAUGGAAAAAUGAAAGAUCUCUGCAGGUUCUCCAGUGAAUGUUGGGAACAACAUUUUUGGAACAAACCUCUCUGAGCGAUGUCCCGUUUUUGCUGUCCUUCUGCCCUAAUCCUCACUGCUGAGACCAUUUUCCACUUCAGAAGGUAAUGAAAAUGCCUGGAUGUAUUACUUUGUCUCUCGUCAUGGGGGUGCUGCAGUUCCUCCUGAAAUCCACUGUUUGCUCUUAUGACUCCAGACCAAGCGGGUGUACUUCGAAAGUGGCUCAACAAACCCGGGCUUUGUGCUCAAGAUGCAACCCAACAAAACCCAAGUUCCCCUAAACAAAGUUAAACGGCGCUGCAACGAUGGUUAUCAACUUACUUUGUCAAGUCCGGUUCUCGGCUUUGCGCUCGGUGCGCGUUCACAUAAAAGGGGGCGUUUGACGUCAUAUUAUCCUACUUCCGUUCAAAAGCGAAGUGAUUGCAGGCAGGGUAUUUUACACAAGAUGAGCAAGUAAUCAUUAUGGAGCGUUACGAGGAGCCAAUAGAGCGAGGGAGGACGUUUUCAUUUGUGUUUUGUCUAUUGAGACGGGUCUUUGUUUUUGCAUUGUAUGAUAUAUUAUUAUAGUAUAUAUUUUUUGUAGCUGUUCAUUGCGGAUUUAAUUAAAUAAAUGUAAAUAGCAAACAUUUGAUAACAUUUAUUUUUUACAUUAGUAAUUUAUUUUACACAUAAUUUGGUAAUAAAUUAAGACAACAAAAUCUGAGGAGACACUUGGGAGCUGAAAGAGCCGGCUCUUUUUAGUGGGCCGAGCCAAAAGAACCGCUUCUCUAAAAAGAGCUGGAAUUGACAUCACUUUCAUCACUCCACUUGUUGUCUUCUUCAAUCAUUCUGAGCCUGAUGUCCUAUGGUGAAUAACUUGUGGAGCUUGACCUUUCUCUUCUGGAUAUUCUGCUGUCAAAAACGUCCCUCAAAGACUGAACACAAGCGUCUGAUUCAGAAGCUGGAGGAGGAGAGGAAACGUCCACUAUCACCUAUGCCAGGGGGCUGCAACCUGCGGCUCAGGAGCCGCAUGCUACUGGUACUGGAACUAAUCGAUGUGUUACAAAUACUUUUGCAAUGGGGUGUUUUUAGUUCACCGUUCGGUGUUUCAAUUGAAAGGGCAAACGUCCUACAGUCGGCGCUCCCAUGAACGCAUCACUGGCAGCCACAGUGCACAGCUGCGCUAAUUACUUUGUUUCAAAAGUAUGUGGGUCUAUUGUUCGCUAGCGGCGUGUCACCGGCGGUGGAGAGGUGCUGACCGUGCCCGCUGCCCUGUGGGAGCUGAGGUAGCUUUGGUGCAUUUUGUGCACAUUGCCCUGUUCUGCACGAAUGUCUUGUUAUGACCGUACGCCCUGUUACACCUUCCUGCGCCUCGUUAAGUACGUCCGACGCUCUCUAGCGGAUGAUCCCUUUUUGCUUGUUACUCCUUUUUUUUUCUUUUUUUUUUUGUUGCUCUGAUGUCGUUGACUGAAUGCUCAGUUUAGCAGGAUUAACUAGGCACACCUUCCGUAGCUGUGGACGGUUUUUAGGGCGUGUGGUAACGCUCCAGAAAUCUAGUGAGCGCCCUGUCUCAGUAUGACCUAUUGGCCUUUUGGCACCCACCCAUUUACUCUGUUGCACUUUUAUUGCGAAUGUGGAUCCAAACGUGGUAGAGAAGUCUUAAGAAACAUGACUGAUUGCAAGGUGGCAACAGGUGUGGUUUGUCACUUCGCCAUGAGGAACAGGAAGACAGGAAACAUGACGAUAGGCUUCAGGAAAUUCUAUAUUUAGCAUUAUCUUCAAUUUAGUGGUCAAACAGGUUUUGUGGCUCUUUGGAAGCUGAAGUUUGCCGACCCCUAACCGAUGUCAACACGCCUCAGUCCCUCUUUGACAGCAUUAAGUCCAACAAAGUGAUGUGCGCUCUGACAGACACUGUCUCAACUGCUCAAACAAAACCAUACGUCUCCUCUUUCCCCCUCAGGAAGUGCUGCCACUCCCUGUUCUUACCUUUUGCUUUGUUAAGCAGAUUGGCAGGUCCAUGGCAGAUUAGCAUGUGGUCCCCCCGGCCACACUUUGGACAUCCCUGCCUUAGCGGGAGAGUGCUGAAAAGGCACCUUGAAGGAAAACUGUACUCUUUUGGAACUUUGCUCAUCAUCCACAACUCUU